AACUUCAAGACCCAUGGUGCAUUGCGAGUCUGUCGCCGGCGUGUGACGUCACACCCAGGAACGUUCAGGAAACUGUUUACUGUAUGUUGCGUCAUUGCUGAAGACGCAUCUCAAAGGUGAAACUGCAUAACAAACCAACUGUAUUGGUCAGUGAUGUUGGUCUCACGUCUGUCAUGCCUGAGGACCGUCCCUGUGCUGGGGCUCCGGUCGGCCCUGAGUCAGGCUCCCGGGGGCCUGCGGAGUCCAGCCCUGCUGAAGUCCAGUCCACCCCUGAUCAGACCACAGCAGGGUUAUUCCACCAAGACCAGACUGGGAUUCCGCCGGAGCAAGACUUCAAAAGAGCAAUUUCAGGAAGCGGCGUUUCAACCCGCUACAGACACGGCAAUUAGAAUUGACAGCAUGGGCCGAAUCAUCUUGGCCGGAGGUGCCGCCGUUGGAUUGGGAGCUUUAUGUUAUUAUGGCUUAGGGAUGUCCAAUGAGAUGGGAGCCAUCGAGAAAGCAGUGAUCUGGCCGCAGUACGUGAAGGACAGGAUUCACUCCACGUACAUGUAUUUCGCGGGCAGCGUGGGUCUGACGGCGCUCUCGGCCGUAGCCGUCAGCAGGACGCCGGCGCUCAUGGGACUCAUGAUGAGGGGCUCCUGGCUGGCUAUCGGCGCCACGUUCGCUGCUAUGAUCGGCGCAGGGAUGCUGGUGAGGUCGAUCUCGUACGAACACAGUCCGAUGCCGAAGCACCUGGCCUGGGCUCUACACGCAGGUGUAAUGGGAGCCGUUAUUGCUCCGUUAACUCUGCUGGGUGGCCCGCUGAUGGUUCGAGCGGCCUGGUACACAGCGGGCGUCGUGGGCGGUUUGUCGACGGUGGCCAUGUGCGCGCCGAGUGAGAAGUUCCUCAGCAUGGGCGGGCCGCUCGCCGUGGGCUUCGGGGUGGUGUUCGCCUCUUCUCUGGGCUCCAUGUUUCUGCCCCCCACCUCGGCAUUCGGGGCCGGCCUGUACUCGGUGGCGGUUUAUGGAGGUCUGGUCCUGUUCAGCAUGUUUCUGCUGUAUGACACACAGAAAGUCAUCAAGCGUGCCGAGACGCACCCCCUUUACGGCGUUCAGAAAUAUGACCCCAUUAAUGCAUGUAUGGGCAUUUACAUGGACACUCUCAACAUCUUCAUGCGGCUGGUGAUGAUUCUAGCCAACGGCGGCGGAAACCGGAGGAAGUAGCCGUAAGAAGACGUGACACUGGACUGGAGAAGAAAAUUUAGCUAAAUAAAAUUUGACUCAUUUAUUUAGCAUUUAUUUGUUUAAAAGCAGAAAAAGGAACUUUGGAUUGCUUUAAGUUGAACUGCAUCUCAAACAUAUCAAACACUCUGGUAAUGUGUCUUAUUACAUGAGGGUGAAGGGCAGAUCGUCUUAUUCAGUUUCACAGCUGGUGUAAUUACAAUUACAAAUAUUUUUGUAUAUUUAUUUUAGAUCACAACAGACUUAUUGCACAGAAAACGCUUGUGUUACUGUGAUUCUUGUGUUCUUGCAGUUUGGCGCUCAUGGUUCAAUAAACUUUAGCUGUGUCUAAAUUAUACUAGA